GCAUUCGCAGAACUCAGGCGAGCCGAGCCGGCUUCCCGGAGCCCGGAAGCGCCCAAAACGCCGCCGUCGCUGUCGCCACCGCGCGCGGGCUCGCCCCGCGUCCACAAAAAGCCGGCGCGGGCCGUACGCCGAUGGAUCCUGGCGCGACGGCCGAUCCCGCCCCGUCAACGCUGCGGAAGCGGCCGAUCUCUGUAGACACGUCGCGACGAGGCGGCGACGGCGCCUCGCGGGAGCCCGCGCGCAGGCCGGAGCGUGGGGCGAGCGAGGCGCGGCGGGAGGGCGAGCGGGAGGAGGAGAGUUCGAUGGCGCCGGCAGGGGAGCAGGCGGCGCCGGCAAGGGGCCGCGGGGACCUGGAGGCGGGCGAGCCGAUGAGCCCCGCGGGGCGGCUGUUCCGGGAGACGCACUUCAAUUGCUACAUCGUGGCGACGAUCGGGCUGGGCGCGGCGGUGGACGUCGCGGCGGCGCGCGCCGGGCUGGAGGCCACUCUCUCCCGCCACCCGCGCUUCUCCAGCGUCCAGACAUCGCUGCAGGUGAAGGAUGAUGCGAAAAAGCACGGGAGGCCGCGGUGGGUGCGGACCGCGGUGAACCUGGACGACCACAUCAUCUUCCCCUGCCUGGACCCCGCCGCCACGUCGGCCAACCCCGACCAGGCCGUGGAGGACUACCUGUCCUCGCUGUCCACGGCGCCCAUGGACCACUCCCGCCCACUCUGGGAGCUCCACGUCCUCGACUUCCCGACCUCCGAGGCGGUCUCCGCCGUCGUCGUCCGCAUGCACCACUCCCUCGGCGACGGCAUCUCGCUGCUCUCGCUCCUCAUCGCGUGCACCCGGAGCGCCGCGGACCCGGCGCGGCUGCCGGAGCUGCCGCCCGCGCCGCGCCGGGCGGGGCCCGGGCACGCGCGGCCGCGCCCGCCGCUCUCGGCGGGCCUCGUGGCGCUCGCGCUGUGGCUGUGGUCGUACGUCGUGCUCGCGUGGCACACGGUGGUGGACGUCGUGUGCUUCGUCGCCACGGCGUGGUUCCUGCGCGACCCGCGCACGCCGCUCAUGGCCGCGUCCGAGGGCGUCGAGUUCCGCCGCAAGCGCUUCGUGCACCGCACGCUCAGCCUCGACGACGUCAAGUUCGUCAAGAAUGCCAUGAAGUGUACUGUCAACGAUGUACUGGUUGGAGUGACUAGUGCAGGAUUGUCGCGGUAUUAUUUCCGAAAGACUAGUGAUACCAACAACGACAGGAAAAAAUCACAGAAGAGCAUUUGUGUGCGAUCAGCACUCCUUGUUAACAUUAGGAAAACACCUGGCUUACAUGCAUUGGCAGAAAUGAUGGAUUCUAGCAAGAGCAAUGGUGCGAAAUGGGGAAAUCUGAUUGGUUACAUUAUACUACCUUUCCAUAUAGCCAUGCACGAUGAUCCUCUUGAAUACAUCCGCCAAGGGAAAAGGACAGCUGAAAGGAAGAAAACGUCCUUAGAAGCAGUCUUCACAUACUGGAGCGGGAACCUAAUAGUCAAACUUUUUGGCAUGAAGGCAGCAGCAGCUCUCUGCUAUGGCAUGUUCACAAAUACCACCUUGUCAUUCUCUAGCAUGGUUGGACCUGCGGAAAAGGUGGAGUUCUAUGGCCAUCCAAUCGUCUACAUUGCCCCCUCUGUCUAUGGGCAUCCACAUGCUCUGACUGUACAUUACCAAAGCUAUAUGAACUCCAUCAAGCUUGUCCUCGCAGUGGAUGAUGCUCAGUUUCCAGACUCUCAUCAGCUUUUGGACGAUUUUGCUGAGUCCCUCAGGCUUAUCCGCCAAGCAGCUUCAACAAGAUGACAGAAAGAAACAUGACCAAUGUUUUUUUUCUCAACAGAAUGUAGAUUAUUGGUGAGUGAUCAGUGACCGAGUGCACGCAAACAAAUGUUUGACAGAAUGGCAGCUACUGCUGAGGAACUUGAUAGCCUGGUUACCUGAUUGGGGGGUGGGGGCAGAGAUGCCGCACAAAAAUUGUAAAGUGUAAACACUGUAUGUAACUAUGUAUCGAUGUAUUUUUCAUCAGUUGCCGCGGAAUCGCCAUAUAAAUAGUUAUGCGAAGGAACCCGGCAUCAACAAAGGCAGUUGCUCAA